ACCACCAUCUUCAUCACACUCCUCUGCUUCCCUUCAUUCCUGGGGGGCUGCCGUGUGUUACCUACACUAUGUGGAGUAUCCGUCCGUCUGAGUCAUGCGGUCCGUUCCGUAGCCGGUCCACUAUGUUCCAGUCAGGGAAGCUGUGGGUGAAGGAGUUGGGGAGACACAACCCUAACCUGGCCUGGCUAGCCUGGGCUCACAGCUACAUCGUGGAGAACCCUCUGUUUCUGUUCCUGGCUGCUGGGAUCUUCCUGGUAGUGAUUUACUUCAACACCCAGGUGGUGGAUGGACAGAGGAAGAUCAUCAGUCUGCUGCAGGAGCAGAUAGAAAACGAGGGGGAGGAUAAGAAGUUCCUGAUCACUCGUCUCCAGGCCAUCCACCAGCAGAAACCACCCUUCUCUCCUCGCAGACUCACCAGUCAGGCCAGUCAGGAUUCCAGCGGCUAGCAUUCCAACUACUUCUCUCCCAUCUAAGUGGAGGGCAUAUCUCGGAAGAUCUCUGAAUAUCCUUUGGAAAAUGUCCUGAAUGGAACAAAACUGGAUAUACCUCUCCUCUCCUGCCUCUGGGAAGAGUUGUUAAGGAAUUCUUAAACUGGAAAACUAUUCUCAUAGGAUGUACACUCUUUCCCAGGAAUCUGGGUUGGGAUUGGGACUGGGACUAUAAAGGAAUUUACUUCUUUACAAUAACAAAUCCCACAUAGGCCAAAACAGGAUUCUAAUAGGAUCCACACUCUUUCCCAGGAAUCUGGUCCUUGUAAGGAUUGGGAAUAGGAUUGGGAAUGGGACAAAGCAGGAUUUCCCUCUUCCAAUAACAGGCUACACCUCAUAGGGAAAGACCACAGUCUUUAUGUGAACUUACUAUGGCCAAGCCAUAGGCUACAUUUUACUGUAACUAGGCUACAUUUUACUGUAACUAGGCUACAUUUUACUGUAAAUAGGCUACACCUUACUGUAACUAGGUUACACCUUACUGUAACUAGGCUACAUAGGAAAAUACCACUGAGUUUAUAUGAACUUACUAUGGCCAAGCCAUAGGCUACACCUUACUGUUUAUUCUUCAUAUGAAAUGAAAGGACAUGUCACAAAACAAAAUAAUGCUUUAUCAAGCUCAAUAGUUUCAGCCAAGGAUGUUUGUCCUUUAAAAAAAAAAACUUGGAUUGGAACCCCUGGUCAUGCGAAAGGAUGUAGGAGUGAAGAGGUGAGGAAACGAGACUGGGAUACGGUGUGCUUGUAGGGACACACAGAACAGAAUGCACUUUUUUUUUUUUACAACUUUGAAUAGGGAACAGAUCAAAUGCCAAUAAGCUGCAAACAUUGCACAAAGGGUUAAAACAGUGUCAUUGUUAAGCAGGGUUAAUUCUGUGAUAUAUAGGAUUUUUAUUUUUUUAUUGUAAAUAGUAUGAUUGUUUUAUUACUUUAGAUGUUUUAUUGUAUAAACUGGUCUUUUGUCAACAGCCCUUUCAUACCAACUGUGAACAAAUAGGUUAUUUCUUUCCAUUUCUGAUAUAUAACAAUUAUUUUGUACGAUUUUGUUAUGUUUUUAUGUUAAUUGGUGGUCAAGGUAUAAUUUCGUGAUACGUUUUGUCUCUCUGCUUCCAAAAUGGCACUCUUCCCUAGAUAGUACACAACUUUCUAGGGCGCUGGCCAAAAGUAGUGCACUCUGUAGAGAAUAGAGUGUCUGUUGGGAUGCAUCCUAUGUUUACUGUCUCUGUAGGAGGAGUCCACCGCUUAGUAUCGGGCGAUCUGAUUAGUUCAUUCAAACAGGAAAUGGUCGUAGAAGAUCAACCACUGAAACAGUACGUUAUUUUAAUGUCUCUUUUUGUUUUUAAGAAGUUGUUUUAUUGUUUGUAUACUUUAUAGGUAAUUAAAUGUUUUACCAUA